CUUGAAGUGUGAGAAAAGAAAAGUAGAAGAGGAAGUUGAUUUCUGGAAGAGAAAAUUCUUUGUGUUGCAGAGUGAAUGUGGGUUUCAGAAAGAACAAUUGGAUGAUUAUAAAAUGAAGUAUGAUGCGUUAUAUGUGCAACUUCAGGAGAAGAAAUUGGAUGCUUACAUAGUUGAGGGCAAGUUGAAGGACUAAACAAAUGGGGUUUCCACAACUGAAAAUGAUGAGCUCAGUAAGUACAAGGCAACGUGCGACAAAUUAAACAAACAGAUAGAGGAGUUCAAGAGAAGAUGCAAGGAAUUGGCGGCACAAGCAGAAUCAAGGCAGAAGAAUCAAGUUAGUUUGGAGGAAAAAUUAAAAGACUAUAAAACUAAGUACAAUGAGAUGUAUGUGAGGUUUAAGGAGAAUAAAGAAAUAGGGGUUUCGCUUGAAAAUGACCUGAAUGAGUACAAGAGAACAUGCAUUGAGCUGUAUGAAAGGGUCGAGAGCUUAGAAAAAGAUAAUAGGAAUGCUAAAAGUGUCGACGGCGGAAUAUGUAUUGAAUCUAUUGAUAAGCUUAAUAAGGAGAUUACAGAUUUGAGGCAUGAGAAAAGAAGUGCGGACGGUGACACUAAAAUUCUAAUAUCCAAAUUUACGGAAUUGGAGAGUCAAACAGCCUUGCAUCUGAAAGAAUUGACCGAUUAUAAAGUUAAUUGUCAUAGUUUAUCAGUGGAGUUAAAGGAGAAGGAAAUGGAGUGUCUUGGAUAUGAGAGUAAGUUGAAGGACUUAGCAUCGAUUAUGGGUGUUCUUCAGGAUGAGCGCGAAGGCUACAAGACAACAUUGAAGGGACUAAGAGAGCAGAUUACAAGUCUAGCUGAAAAUCGAAAGAUUUUGUGCUAUAGAGAAAAGAAAGCAGAAGAAAGAAUCUCUUGCUUGCAAGAGGUAAUUAAGACUUUUGUUGAAUGUAAUAAGAAACUUAAAAAUGAUGAAGGAGCAGCAGAAUGCGUUCAGCUCAGUAGAGAGAGCAAAAUGUGUUCCUAUCCUGAUGUAAACAGAGAUGAGCAUGUCUCAGCCUCUAUAUCUAUUGAAAGGCAAUCAGAGCCUUUAGUAAAUUUGAAUGGAGACAAGGAGAAAGCUUCUUCACUAUUCAGCAUGGAGUUGGAAAAUAGAGAAAAUAAGGAGAUAAAUAUUGAGUUAGAAAAGAGAGAGAUAGCUCUGCUUAAGCCAGAUAGUUUAACCAGCAGGUAAUAUUCAGAUCAAUAAAAAUGAGGAUGAUACAGAAAUGAUGGAAAAGCAUACUUGUGACAGACAAAAGCUGAAUGUUUCAACUGACAUUACAGUUGAAAGAUGUUCAAAUUCUACAAAAUGUAUGACAACCUCAAAACGAUCCUUUUUUGGUCAGAAAGAUGAGGAAUAUGGCAUCAUAUGCAAAGCGGUUGAUAUCCCAUUAUCUUCAUCAGUAUUAAAAAGAAAGAGGCUUUCAGAGACAGUAACUAGUGAUAGUGAUGAGGAUGGUAAAACUCCAAUUAGUAAAUAUAUGGCAAAGAAACUUGAAGAGCUUACGGGAAGGCCUACAUCCAAAAUUUCUCCUGUGAGUGUUGGGGAUGUUGUUGUCUGUUGUAUGGGUCAAAAUGUCAACGAAUUCGUAACCACUUCACCACAAAGACUUGUUUCACUAAGAAUGAGUGAAAAAAACAAGAUCCAGGCUGAUGGAACAUCAAAAGAUGAAACUGCAUCUCUAAGUAAUUUGGAACUGGAUAUUUCAUCACAAGAGAAGGUAGGCAACCUAACUACUGCAAAUGAAGAAGUGGAAGUGGCAGAAGAAACUGAUUCUGACAGUGGAGGUAGUAAAAGUGCUGAUACAGCGGAUAAUGAGUUGGAUUCUUGUCAAAUUCUAGCAAUGAUGAGAAGAAUUCUGGAAUAAAAAUAACACAGGUAAGGCAGGUAUUGGCGGUAGUCUCCCCUCAGAUGAUGGUGCUUUUCUGGCAGCUUUUGUCAAGUUUAUCUAUCACAAUUUUAACAAUGUUGCAGAGCUAUGGUUAUGGUAUGAAACUAGCUUUCAACAUGGGAGUGAAGAACCUGGUUGUAGAAAGUGGCUCUUUAAGUAUGCUGUUAAUAUCUGUAAUGAUCUGUUUCAAAGUAGUUGGUUUUGUAGGGGUGUCCUGAGGGACAUUCGUGAGUUGUCCUCCUUUUUUGAUCAUGUCAUUCAAAGUGAACUAAAUUGUGCUACUGAUAUUUUGGCAAAAAA